CUUAAUUACCUACUGCCAUGGUGCACCCAAUUAAGUCUCUCAACAAGGAACUCGAUCAGGUCGACACCGAGUCGAAAGACUAUCGAUCUUCCGACUCAACGGAGGGAGAAUCCUCCAAAGCAGACCAAGAUGAAGAGUCUCCCCAUAGGGAGCCCAGAAAGGGCGUCUCGCGAAACAAAAGCCAAGGAACCCAGAAUACCAAUGUUUCGCGAAAGAAAAGUCAUGCUAGUCACCGCACUGGCGUAUCCCAAAACCAGAGUUAUCGGAGUCAACCUCCCGCUACCCUGAGAAACCAGAGCUAUGGGAGUCAGGCACAAUUCUCCUUAGCAGGUCCGAAUGCGUAUUACGGACCACUCCCUCACCAGGGCGCAUACAUGCAUCCGGAGUAUCAGUCUUACAAUCCUCAGUAUGGAAACACGCAAGGGGACAAGCCUGUGUGGAGUUUAGCGCAGCCGCUGCCUCAUGUUGUCCGAGACGGAAUGCGGUAUGGAGCCUUGCCAGAGGAUCGAAAGGAAGAAAGAGAAGAAGGGGGACGAGAACGCCCGCCUCCAGCGGCAGAAGAGCCUCCUACGGAUAUUCCGCAGACGGAGGAAGCUAGACAGAAUGGUGAGGAGCCGCAGAAUGAGAUGGGAUUCUUCAACAAGUGGUCCAAAAUCCGGUAUUAUCUGAGAGAGCCAUUAGGCGAAUGGUUGGGGACAACCUUAGCCAUCACUCUCGGUCUCUGCGGCGGGUUAGCAACGUACACAUCGGACCAACAAGCCGGCUCAUGGAUGAGCCAAGCCGCGUGCUGGGGCUUCAGCUUCAUGAUCGGCAUCUACAUCGUCGGUGGCAUCUCCGGUGGUCACCUCAACCCUGCAAUCACAAUCUCCAUGUCCGUGUGGCGAGGAUUUCCCGCCCGCCGAUGCAUAAUCUACAUCUUUGCCCAGCUGAUCGGUGCCAUCACCGCCGGCGGUAUUGCCUACGCCAUUUACCACGACGCCAUCGUCAACCUCUCCGUUGAGAGCAACUUACCACAAAGCGAAACAACAGCCAGCCAAGCAUUUCUCACUCUACCAAAACAAUUUGUCAGUCCAGCUACUGCAUUUUUCAACGAGUUCUUAGGUACCGCCAUCCUCGUCGGAACCAUCAUGGCCCUGGGAGACGACACCAACGCUCCCCCCGGAGCGGGUAUGCAAGCAUUCAUCAUCGGCAUCAUCAUCACCGUUCUAGUCCUAGCAUUAGGCUACAACACAGGCGGAGCAUUCAACGGUCCCCGCGACUUCGGCCCCCGUCUCGUCGCCGUAAUGGCCGGCUGGGGCGGACAUCUCUUCAAAGAGUACCACGCCUGGUGGAUCUGGGGCCCCUGGGUCGCCGACAUCUUCGGAGGAUUAUUCGGCGCGUUCAUCUACGACUUAGUGGUGUUCACCGGCGGCGAAAGCCCGAUCAAUUACCCACCGAGAAGACGUAAGCGUGCUCUGCUGAUCAAGGAGAAGAACUUGCGGACUAAGUUGCGCCUUGGGAGGCGGAAGAUCGGGGAUAUCGAGAGGGCGGUGGAGGAGAAUCAGGAUUGAUGUUAGUUCUGGAUAUCUGGGAAGGAAGGACUUGUUUGUGUAUUAUGGUGUGGUUUGCAUGCAGUAUACGGUAGCGUCGCAUUAGCCUGGAG